AUGACAAUCGAAUCAAAUCAAGUGACUGAUUCAAGAAGUAGCGCAAUAUUUGAUCGAUUUUGUAUGGAAAUAUUACCUAGAAUUCAUGAUAAAGUGGAAUCUCUUACUCUUCAAGCAUGUUUCUUACCACGUGUUCUUCGUGUUGCCAAUUAUCUUCACUUACACAAGCUUGUUAUUAUUAAUCUGAAACUCAAGAAGUCUCCAUUUAUUCAUGUUUUAAAACAACAAAUCUCAGAUCUAGUCGUAACGAUUAGUGACGCAUUUCCCGAUGCAUCAAGUGGGGAAUUAAUAACUGAUAUUUAUAACCGUAUUUUUGGGUUAGUUAGAAAUCUCAAAUAUUUGGAUAUAGAUGGUGAUGACACUUAUGAUUUCUCUCGAUCGUUGUUAACUAGUUUACCAUCUACAACAUGUUGUUCGUCCAGUAUUGUUCAUUUAAGAAUCAAAAUGCAUAACAUUGAUGAUUGUCUUUAUUUACUUGAUGGUCGUCUUAGUCAAUUACAUACAUUGAUUAUCAUUCUUAAUUUUAUCCAUGAUCCAGUACAAAUCAGGCUACGUUCGCAAAAGAUUAUACGUCGUUCAUUGAAAAUCAUGAAUAAUAUGGUAAACAGACAUUAA